UUGCUCACCCAUCCGGAUAUCGUGGAGAUCAAGCAUAUCAUGCUGCCUCCGUGUAAGAGAGAGUUUACGGAUGUAUAUAUUGUGUUCGAGCUCAUGGAGACUGACCUGCACCACGUCAUUCGGACCAAUCGUGACUUGACACCUGGACAUCAUCAAUUCUUUCUCUAUCAGUUGCUUCGUGCGAAUGUUUUACAUAGGGAUUUGAAGCCUAAGAACAUUCUAGCGAAUGCCGAUUGCAAGUUGAAGAUUUGUGAUUUCGGUUUGGCUCGUCCGUCGUUUAGUGAUGCCUCCUCUCCUGUUUUUUGGACUGAUUAUGUGGCGACUCGGUGGUAUCGUGCUCCUGAACUUUGCGGUUCCUUCUUUUCAAGAUAUACCCCUGCAACUGAUAUUUGGAGCAUAGGGUGCAUAUUUGCAGAGAUACUAAUCGGCAAACCAUUAUUUCCCGGCAAAAACGCGAUUCAUCAAUUGGACCUCAUAACCGAUCUUCUUGGUUCGCCUAAUUCAGAAACAAUUUCAAGGAUUCGAAACGAAAAAGCAAGAAGAUUUUUGAGUAGCAUGAGAACAAAAAUGCCAAUACCUCUGUCUCAAAAGUUCCCAAAUAUCGACCCAAAGGCCAUCCGUUUGCUCGAGCGUCUACUUGCUUUUGACCCCAAAGACCGUCCUUCGGCUGAAGAAGCAUUGGCUGAUCCGUACUUCUAUGGGCUGGCUAACAUAAAGGACGAGCCCUCGAGCAAACAGAUUUCGAAAUUCGAUUUCUUGUUUGAUAAGAAGAAGUUAACUAAAGAUGACAUGAGGGAACUCAUAUACAGAGAGAUAUUGGAGUAUCAUCCACGAAUGCGCGAGGAGUACGUUUAUGGUGCGGACGAGGCUCACUUUAUGUACCCAAGUGGACUCGACCAUUUUAAGCAACAAUUUGUCCACUUACAAGAAGACGACCGAAAUCCUUGGCUCAGGCGUUAUUUCUCAUUCCCAAGAGAACGCGUGUGUUCCUCUAUAGAUGAGGUUUCUAACGAACGGAAAAAUGACAAAAUGAUUGAUAUUCGGCGCCCAAGCCUUAUUCCGUAUCCAAAGAAACAAUCAGAUGUUGUUAUAAUUACGAGUGUCCAUAAUUUGAAGGGAAAACAAAACGUGCAUAGAAAUUCAAGUCGGUGUAUGUUGAAGAGUGCCAGCAUUAGUGCUUCUUUGUGUCUUCAAGGAGGUGACUGUGAGGCAUAAAGCAAUGGAUGAUCAUGAAAAUGAGAAGAGUGUGAAUAUCGAAUUUUUUUAUUAGGCUUUAAUUAUUUUCGCCCUCACGGCAGUUAAUUUCCAAGGCGAACGAUGAUAAUCAAUUUCAUGUAUAAGCAUUUUGGUCUUAUAUAUGUUACAACUCACAACUGGCUUUUAUGUUUUCAUUCUUUUUUUUUGUUUUUUGUCCAUUCAUGAGUAGAGUGGAUUGAACGGGUUGGUGAUUG